UUUUAACUACUUUUAAAAGGUAGAUGACAUUAAACAAUUACUCCAACAAAAUAAUUAAAGUUUGGUAAAAGUAGUUGAUUCGGUCACAGCUGAUGUGGAAAUCGCUGUCUUUUUAUCGGAUGCCCACGCGGAUGCCACUACCCUUUUUGCACCACCACCACCGCCACCAUCACCACCCUCCUUUUCCCAACUUUAAAUACACCUCUCAGCCUCUCUUCCAACCUCCCCCUCCCUCUCUCCUCAUUCUCUCUCUAAACUUCUCACCUGAUCAGGUCUUUGCUUAUAGAUUUGUAUUACUGUUAUCUGCUUUCAUGGGUUUCUCUAUGGAAUACUCGGGUUUGGCAGUGGCAACAACCCAUGUUCUAUACAAGGCAGCUUUUGUUUUCGCCGUGACAAGAUGGUUCUUGUCUUGGGUUCUCAGACUCAUCAGAGACACAGAUGUUGGUAUCUUCCCUUUUUUCUCAUCAUCAUCUUCCCCUGAUUUUCUGCAACAAGCGCAGUUGGAUUCAUCUUCUUCUCCUUCUUCAUGCUCAAUUUCUUCCAAGCUGGUCCGAGAUAGUCUGGCCUUGACCACAUUCGGAGACAUUGCAGCUCAUAGAGUGCACCAGAGCUGCGACACUUGUGCAGUGUGCUUGGACCGGUUGAGAGAACGAGAUGAGGUGAGAGAACUGGGCAAUUGUUGUCACAUAUUCCACAGUGGAUGUCUCGAUAGAUGGCUCGACCAUGAUACCCAUAAAACUUGCCCACUCUGUAGAUCCCCAUUGCUCACAACCACCAUUUUAUCUUCUUCUUCGCAAGGCUUGUCCCAGCAACAACCCAGCUGGGUCGUCGAGCGAUUACUCUAUCUAUUCGGCGAUGAUCUGCUUCAUUGAUUUUGUAUACAUAUAUAAACAUGUUUAUAUAUACUUGAUGAUGAAGUAGAAGGGACAGGAUUAAAGUGAGUGAAUUGAAAGUAAAGGGUUAAUUUUGCAAUUUAAUGGGGAAUAAUAAUAUGAAACUCUGUUGGAGUUGUAUGUAUAUAUAUAUAGCUAUGGCUAUCUACAAGACUGAACCAAGAUUGUUUUGAGGUUAUUGUAUGUUGAGUUGAGAUGUGUCACAAUAUGUUUGUUGUAAUUCCCAUUUUGACUAUAAUUUAAACUGAAUUCAUUUGCAACAA